CCCCGCGCCGCGCGCAGCCCAGGGCCCGGGCUCUCGACGCCGACGGCGGCUGGACGGACGGACACGGCCGGCCAAGGGAGCGCACCGCGGGUCUUGAGGGACCAUGGCGCUGCCCUGGGAGCAUGCAGGACUCUGUCUGGCUGUGGCUCUGGUCGUGGCGAUGGGGCCGAGCCCGGGCGUGGCGGGGCCGUGGCAGGACUGCACGGGUGCCCAGUGCCCGCUGCUGGAGAACUGCAUCGAGGAAGCGCUGGAGCCAGGUGCGUGCUGUGCCACCUGUGUGCGGCACGGCUGCGCCUGCGAGGGUUACCAGUACUACGACUGUGUACAGGGCGGCUUUGUGGAUGGCCGCGUGCCCGCUGGGCAGUCCUACUUCGUGGACUUCGGCAGCACAGAGUGCUCCUGCCCGCCGGGCGGUGGCAAGAUCAGCUGCCAGUUCAUGCUGUGCCCAGAGCUGCCGCCCAAUUGCAUCGAGGCCGCAGUGGUGGCUGACAGCUGCCCGCAGUGUGGCCAGGUGGGCUGUGUCCACUCUGGCCGGAAGUACCCUGCUGGCCACACCGUUCACCUGUCAGCCUGCCGGGCGUGCCACUGCCCCGACGCUGGCGGAGAACUCAUCUGCUACCAGCUUCCUGGCUGCCACGGGAACUUCUCGGACACCGAGGAGGGGGACCCUGAGCGGCACUAUGAAGACCCCUACAGUUAUGACCAGGAGGUGGCCGAGGGGGAGGCUGUGUCGGCCCUGGUGGGCGAGGCCCAGGAGGAGGCAGGGCGCGCCCCAGCUGCCCUGGGAGGCGGGGUGCAGCCUCCAUCCACCAUCCAGACCUCUCCCUGGUCAGCCGCUCUCCCCAGGCCCACAGCAGCGGCUGCCUUGGGUCCUCCGGCCCCUGUGCAGGCCAAAGCCAGGAGGGUGACAGAGGAUACUGAAGAGGAAGAGGAGGAAGAGGAAGCAGCAGUCACGCAGCAGCUGGCAGCAGGUGGCCCUGAGGUGCUGGACAGGCUGCCCACCACGGCCCCAGCUGGAUCCACUGUAGCUGUCCAGGAGGAGGGGGCAGAAGCCGAGGCAGGACCCGAGGACAACCUCAUCCCGGAUGCCCAGGCCACCCCUCGAAGUGCUGGGCAGGAGGGUCCCGCACCCCUGCCAGGGUCAGGCCCUGCCCAUGUCAUCCCGUCACUGGCCACGCGGAGCCCUCCUGAGGGGCCUGUCAAACCCAGCGCCCAGCCCAUCCUGGGUGAGCCCCUGCACAAGGAGGCCCGGGUCCUGCCCACCCAGGAAGUGCCCAAGCACCGGCUGGCUCUGCCCCGUCCCCAGGCAGAGGAGGACACAGACCCCAACUCUGUCCAUUCUGUCCCCAGAGGCAGCUCUGAAGGCUCCACCAAGGACCUGAUUGAGUCGUGCUGCGCGGCGGGACAGCAGUGGGCCAUCGACAAUGACGAGUGCACAGAGAUGCCUGGGAGUGGUGCCGAGGGUGAUGUGUGCAGGACGGCACAGAGGCACUGCUGCGUGUCCUACCUGAAGGAGAAGAGCUGUGUGGCCGGUGUGCUGGGCGCCAAGGAGGGCGAAGCCUGCGGGGCCGAUGACAAUGACACCUGCAGUGUGUCCCUGUACAAGCAAUGCUGCGAAUGCUGCGACCUGGGGCUCCGCGUGCGGGCUGAGGGCCAGUCGUGCGAGUCCAACCCCAACCUGGGCUACCCCUGCAACCACGUCAUGCUGUCCUGCUGCGAGGGCGAGGAGCCCCUCAUCGUGCCCGAGGUCCGCCAGCCUCCAGCGCCCGGGGCUGCGCCGCGCAGAGUUUCAGAGGCAGAGAUGGGAAGCCGGGAGGCCCUGUUACUAGGCCCGGAGGCUGAGCUGCCCAACAGCCUGCCAGGCGAUGACCAGGAUGAAUGCCUGCUGCUGCCAGGCGAGCUGUGCCAGCACCUAUGCAUCAACACUGUGGGCUCCUACCGCUGUGCCUGCUUCCCCGGCUUCUCGCUGCAGGAUGACGGCCACACCUGCCACCCAGACAGGACUGUGCCACAGCCAGGGGCCACACGGGAGUCUGUGCCGAGAUCUGAGGCUGCCCAGGCAGCCCUCAACACCAUCCCACUGCUCGUGCCGCAGCCCAACACCUGCAAAGACAACGGGCCCUGCAGGCAGGUGUGCAGUGUCAUCAGAGGCUCGGCCAUGUGCUCCUGCUUCCCCGGCUACGCCAUCAUGGCGGACGGCGUGUCGUGUGAAGACCAAGACGAGUGCCUGCUGGGCACUCACGAUUGUAGCCGGCGCCAGUUCUGUGUGAACACCCUGGGAUCCUUCUCCUGUGUCAACCACACAGUGCUCUGUGCUGAGGGCUAUAUCCUCAACGCGCACAGGAAGUGCGUGGACAUCAACGAGUGCGUGACGGACCUGCACACAUGCAGCCGGGGCGAGCACUGCGUGAACACGCUGGGCUCUUUCCGCUGCUACAAGGCCCUCACCUGCGAGCCGGGCUACGUCCUCAAGGACAGGGAGUGCGAAGAUGUGGACGAGUGUGCCGUGGGCUCGCACACCUGCAAGCCUGGCUUCUCGUGCCAGAACACCAAGGGCUCCUUCUACUGCCAGGCCCGGCAGCGCUGCAUGGAGGGCUUCCUGCAGGACCCCGAGGGCAACUGUGUGGACAUCAACGAGUGCACCUCACUGCCCGAGCCCUGCCGCCCUGGCUUCAGCUGCGUCAACACAGUGGGCUCCUACACGUGCCAGAGGAACCCGCUGGUGUGCAGGCACGGGUACCACGCCAGCGAGGACGGGACACAGUGCGUGGACGUGAACGAGUGCGCCACGGGCGUGCACCGCUGCGGCAGCGGCCAGGUCUGCCACAACCUGCCCGGCUCCUACCGCUGCGACUGCAAGCCCGGCUUCCAGAGGGACGCCUUCGGCCGCUCCUGCAUCGAUGUGAACGAGUGCUGGACCUCGCCGGGCCGCCUGUGCCAGCACACGUGCGAGAACACACUGGGCUCCUACCGCUGUUCCUGCGCCAGCGGCUUCCGGUUGGCGGCCGAUGGCAAGCACUGUGAAGACGUGAAUGAGUGUGAGACCCAGCGCUGCAGCCAGGAGUGUGCCAACAUCUAUGGCUCCUACCAGUGCUACUGCCGCCAGGGCUACCAGUUGGCAGAAGACGGGCACACCUGCAUAGACAUCGAUGAGUGUGCGCAGGCUGCCGGCCUGCUCUGCACCUUCCGAUGCCUCAACGUGCCCGGGAGCUACCAGUGCGCAUGCCCGGAGCAGGGCUAUACCAUGAUGGCCAACGGCAGGUCCUGCAAGGAUUUGGACGAGUGUGCACUGGGCACACACAACUGCUCGGAGGCUGAGACCUGCCACAACCUUCAGGGCAGCUUCCGCUGCCUGCGCUUCGAGUGCCCUCCCAACUAUGUCCGAGUGUCUGAGACGAAGUGCGAGCGCACCACGUGCCACGACCUGGGCGAGUGCCAGAGCGCGCCCGCGCGCAUCACCUACUACCAGCUCAGCUUCCAGACGGGCCUGCUGGUGCCCGCGCACAUCUUCCGCAUCGGGCCCUCGCCGGCCUUCGCGGGCGACACCAUCUCGCUGACCAUCACCCGGGGCAACGAGGAGGGCUACUUCGGCACGCGCAGGCUCAACGCCUACACCGGCGUGGUCUCGCUCCAGCGGCCCGUGCUGGAGCCGCGGGACUUCGCCCUGGACGUGGAGAUGAAGUUGUGGCGCCAGGGCUCCGUCACCACCUUCUUGGCCAAGAUGCACAUCUUCUUCACCGCCUUCGCGCCCUAGGCCGCCCGCGAGUGGCUGCGCGCCCUGUGCAGUCUCGAACUCUCAGUUACCUGAGUUCUGCGGACUCCAGUUCUCGGUUUCCGGGCCUCUCCUGCGCCCCAGGACGGGAGCUUGACUGCGGGUCGGCUCUCGAGGGCCUCCCCGGGUGAGGACCGAGGCUGGAGGGCGGCUCGGAUCAGAUGGGAGCAGCCACUGCGCUGGGGCUUCCGGACUCACCUGGACGACCCGGCCUCACGGCUGACCUUCCGUUUCCUGAUCCACUGUGAUUAGUUCUUUUUUAAAAAAAAUCAUUUAAAAGGGUUUUUUCUUGUUUCGUUGUAAAAGUAGCACAUGUACACUGUAAAAACAAUCAAAUAGUACCAAAGGGCUAUAAAGUACAAAAAAAAAAAUUGA